CCAGCCGCCGUCAUGUCGAAGCGAGGUAGGGGAGGUUCGGCUGGGAACAAGUUCCGCAUGUCACUGGGUCUACCGGUGGCGGCCACGGUGAACUGCGCGGACAACACGGGCGCGAAGAACCUCUACAUCAUCUCCGUCAAGGGAAUCAAGGGCCGCCUCAACCGCCUCCCGUCCGCCUGCGUCGGCGACAUGGUCAUGGCCACCGUCAAGAAGGGAAAGCCCGACCUCAGGAAGAAAGUGAUGCCUGCCGUCAUCGUCCGCCAGCGCAAGCCGUGGCGUCGCAAGGACGGUGUCUACAUGUACUUCGAAGAUAAUGCUGGAGUGAUUGUGAAUCCCAAGGGUGAGAUGAAAGGUUCUGCAAUCACUGGACCUAUCGGCAAGGAGUGUGCUGACCUUUGGCCUAGGAUCGCUAGUGCAGCAAAUGCCAUCGUUUGAGAGCUUGUUGGAAUGUGUUUAGACUUGAGUAUGAUCAUCUCAAUUGUGUGUUGCAGCUGUUGUAAGGGUGCUAUUGGACUUGAUGGCUCCUUUUAUGUUUGGUCACUCAAUUUUGUAGUGAACAGAAAUUUGUCUACCCUGGUUGCCUCAAGUUUGCUGUCUGAGAUGGUUAUAUUAUUUAUUUUGUUCU